CGGCGGCGGCGAGGCGAGGACAUGGCGCGGGGCCGGCGCGGGCCCGGCUGAGCGGCCGCUGCCCGCUGCCCGCGGGGCCGGCGGAGCGGGCGGCCUCGGGCCGCGGCGGCGCUGCCCCGGCGCGGCCGCCGCCCCCAUGAGUGCAUGAGGAGCGGCCGCGGCGCCCGUCGAUGCCUCGCCAGGGAGCCGGGUGCCUGCGCCAUGAACCCCGAGAUGGCGAUGGAGCCGCUGGGCAGCCUGCACGGGGCGGCCGGCCAUGAGCCGGAGCUGAUGGGCAGCCCCAGCCCCCACCACGGCGGCCGCGGCGCCGGGCCGCUCCGGGUGCCUCCCCCCCCCCCGCCGCCGCCCCCGCCGCCGCCGCCGCCGCCGCCGCCGCCGCACCAGGAGCUGGCCCCCGCCGCCGCCCGGCCGGCCAUGGUGUCCAGCAUGGCCUCGCUGCUGGACGGCGCCGCCGAGUACCGCCCCGAGCUCUCCAUCCCGCUGCACCACGCCAUGAGCAUGCCCUGCGAGUCCUCGCCGCCCGGCAUGGGCAUGAGCAGCACCUACACCACCCUGACGCCGCUCCAGCCCCUGCCGCCCAUCUCCACCGUCUCCGACAAGUUCCACCACCCGCACGCCCACCCGCACGCCCACCACCACCACCACCACCAGCGCCUCUCGGGCAACGUCAGCGGCAGCUUCGCCCUCAUGCGGGACGAGCGCGGGCUGCCCGCCGUCAACAACCUCUACGGGCCCUACAAGGAGAUGCCCGGCAUGGGGCAGAGCCUCUCGCCGCUGGGCAACGGGCUGGGGCCCCUCCACAACGCCCAGCAGGGCCUCCACGGCUACGGGCCGCCCGGCCACGAGAAGAUGCUCAGCCCCAACUUCGACGCCCACGCGGCCAUGCUGGCGCGGGGGGACCAGCACCUCUCCCGGGGGCUGGGGACGCCCCCCGCCAUGAUGCCCCACCUGAACGGCAUGCACCACCCCGCGCACCCGGGCCACCCGCCGCCCCACGGGCCCGCGCUGCCCGCCGGCCGGGAGCGGCCGCCCUCCUCCUCCUCCGGCUCGCAGGUGAGCGGCUCGGGGCAGCUUGAGGAGAUCAACACCAAAGAAGUGGCACAAAGGAUCACGGCGGAGCUGAAGCGCUACAGCAUCCCGCAGGCCAUCUUCGCCCAGCGGGUGCUGUGCCGCUCUCAGGGGACCCUCUCGGACUUGCUGCGGAACCCUAAGCCUUGGAGUAAACUCAAGUCCGGCCGGGAGACCUUCCGGAGGAUGUGGAAGUGGCUGCAGGAGCCGGAGUUCCAGAGGAUGUCGGCCCUGCGGCUGGCAGCCUGCAAACGCAAGGAGCAAGAGCCGAACAAAGAGCGGAACAACUCCCAGAAGAAAUCUCGCCUGGUUUUCACGGACCUCCAGCGCAGAACGCUUUUCGCCAUCUUCAAGGAGAACAAGCGCCCCUCCAAAGAAAUGCAGAUCACCAUCUCCCAGCAGCUGGGCCUGGAGCUCACCACCGUCAGCAACUUCUUCAUGAACGCCCGGCGGCGCAGCCUGGAGAAGUGGCAGGACGACCUGAGCUCCGGGGGCUCCUCCGCGGCCCCCAGCACCUGUACCAAAGCGUGACGGCGAGCGGCCGGCGCGGCACGGCGCGGCACGGCGCGGCACGGCGCGGCACGGCACGGGGGAGAGAGCAGCUCCGCAGCGGGGCCCUUCACUGGUGACUUAAAGCACAAUCCUCCUGGAAACGAACCCCAGCCCAGCUGUAACAGAGGACACUUCUUACGGCUUUUAGUCAGUCUUAGCAGGCGCAAGUUUAAAAUUAACCUCUUCCUAUACAAUACUAUGCUCAGGACAGGCGAAGCAGGUCUGAAACGUAGGGGAGUCGUUCGUGAGGCAAGUUUCUCCUGAGCCCCAAAGAGCCCCGGGCGGCGGGGGUGCCGCUGCCAGCCCGGGCAGCCUGCCCGUGCCCAGCGUUUGCCGGCAGGGCGCCGGUGCUGGCCACGCCGCCCUGCACCAAAGCUCGCCGCCGUGGCGCAGCCGCGCAAGAACGGAGCACAAAGUCUGACACGUAGACGCUAAAGGAUCCGAGAACCUGUUCUUAAAACUCAGGCAUGGUUUUGUUAAGUGUUCUAGGGACAAACAAAAGUUCAAAGUUAAGGUUUUGUUUGUUUCUUUACUUUUUUCCUUCGUUUGUUUCAUUUAAGCAGCGAGCAUAGCUUGAUCUUGGAACAGAAAAAUUCAGUUCACUUGAUCGCAAAGUAUCAAGCACAAAGCCAGUAGCUAUAGAAGUAGGUACGAUCCCGGACUCACUGCAGCGAUUGUUUCGAGACGCGGUGUCACUCCCAGCGUCGGCGGGGAACACCUCCGCGGCCACGCGAGCCUCAAGCACAGUUUGCAGUUUGUCCCGAGGUCUGUGUUCGUACCUAACGCAGAUGCACACUCAGGAGGUCAAUUUAACUGCUACAGUACGCGGAGCAAACACAAUGUUUUGAAAGAUCUAGAUUUUUUUAGGUCGUUAACACGUCCUUUUUAGUUAGCAGGAACCUAGUUUCUCCUCAACGACGUCCUUGCCACUGAAACGUAUUUAGCAUUCGAUGUAUUUUUGUUCAUUUUUUCAGUAUUUUACGGUACUUUCAAGCAGGAAAAAACCCAGAAACAAGCCCUUCAGAUGCCACCGACCGGUUUAGAUGCGCCGCAUAUGGCUUCAAUGCGCCAUCUAGACCUGUCGCAUCCCCCAGUUCCUUCCAUCCACCAGUUCCCCGAGCUGGCGGGAGCACAGCACACCAAAGAGACAGGAUUACUGCAAGCCAAAGAUGUUUAUAACUUGCCAUUUUCUUUCCGUCGUCGCUGGUGCGGGCGGUUGUUUGGCGACGGGGAAGCCUCACAAACUCCCAGCCCUCUCUCCACCUCCGGCAGCUGCCGUGCGGCGGAGCGGGCAGGCAGCGCUGGCAGCCGACGUCAGCAGAGCCCCGGCCGCGGCCGCCGCACUCGCAGCCGCCGCGCCGCCGCCGCAGCCCCGACCCGAAACGGCCGCGGCCGCUCGAUGUGCGCACUUACCAGUGAACGGCCCUUCCCAGAGCGCCGGCCAAGCCGCGGCAGCGAGCCGAGCGCGGUCGUGGUUCUUUAGAGACACUUGAGACUUUUUUUAUGUACUACUUAAUCGAAACCAAAGAAACGUUUUCUGCACCUACUUCUUCUGCAACAAACUGUUCCAUUUAAGAAUAAAAUAAAAAAAUGAAAAAAACCAAGGAAGCACGUCAGGAAGCGAACGAGUAACACACUGUGUUUUGACAGACAUCUUGGACGUUUUAGGAAGCAGAUCUCAAAGAAAGGGUUGACAAGAACGAGAACAAAGCAAAGCCAGUACGAUUGCUGCUUCAUGUGACAACUCAGUCAUCCUAAAGGUGAAGAUUGUCUUUAAUUUGUGCCUAUGCAGUUUUUUCAAAAGAACAAGGAACAGAGCAACCAAAACCUCAACAGCUACAAUACCAAAGAUGAGGAUUCUCACUACUUUUGUUUCAGUUCAUGAUCUCCUCUUGCACGACUGAAUGCGUAUAGCACCAUUGAUCUGUGUACAGGUAACCCCUUCUGUGUCUUUGAGCAACGAAAGGGUGGGUUUCUUUACCUUUCUCCUGUUUCUGCCUCACACGGGAUCUCUCCGAGAGCUGCACGGACUCCGGGUGCAAGACGUUGGGAUGCUACGCUGGUACGUCUCCUCUCUUCAGAGCCGCGUAGGAAAAACGUGUCCGUUGGGUCUGACGCGUUUUGUCGGGUAGAGCUGGUCUCCUGUAGGUCUAGAGCUUUGAGCACCCGUCCUUCUCUAUGUGAAGUCCGUUGAGUAACCUGCACCCUUCUUUCUCUUCCCCAGGGAUAAAACUUGCAAUAUAUGUACUGAUUUAUGUCAUUGUACGCGAUGAGCACCACCACAGCCUGGCUCACUGGGAUCAGAUCCCGAUCUGAACCGAAAUGGAGGUUUCAGCAGUUCACGUGGCAGUUCAGUGGUUCACUGUGACGUAUUAGACACGUUAUGUUGGUUGAUCAAAGUCACGAUGAUCCAAGUCACGACACGCAGACCUAGGUCCAAAUUUAUCUUCAGAGCUGGAGCGCCGUGGUACCAUUUUGCUCCAUCUCUACAUUUAAACGAAGGCUUCUUUUUAACCACUUUGCAAAACUGCUGCAGUCAUCUCCCAAUUUUUACAGUUUAAAAAAGGAAGGAGGUUAAAAAGCCUUGUCUGCUCAGGGCAGGAAAGGUUUCUGAGAAGUCAGUUCAGGACCCUCACAGCAACAGCACGUACCGGCUCUGGGAAUCAAAACGUCCUCAGCAGAGAUUUCCCAGACGCAUCGUGCACGAUUCGAAAAUGAUCCAGAGAAGCCUCGUAGUCAGGCGUGCGAUGAAGCUCCAAAACACGGUUCAGGUCUGGGCUGACGCGGGCGUUUGGGCGAGAAGUUCUGUGUCAGCCCGCCGUAGAGCCGGCCCCGGCCGAGGCGGGUUGGUCACGCUGAGUUGUCCCCUCACACCCAUCCAAGAGGGUCCACCCAAACCAGCCUCCCCACGGGCAUUUUGAACGUGGCGUGGCCCUCAUGGGACACGUCUCGUUCCCAAAGUGCCCUCCCGCGGUCCGCAGCAGCGUCGGGCGAUGCUGGCUGUCGGUCGCUUUUCCCACUCUCCAUCCCAUCGUGGCCCUGUCACCGGCGCAGGAGAUGACAGGCCACCAGUGAGCCCAGCCUGCCGUCCCUCCCCUCCCUCCCCUCCCCUGCGCGGCAGAGAAGCGCGUCUCGGGCGAGGAGAGUCCCAGGCGCUUGGCAGCCGGUGUCCCACCGCGGCGACGGGCACGUGGACGCCUGCCUUAGGGACGUCCGCGGCCCGACGGUUGCGGUCCUGCCCUGGGCUGCGCGUGGAGUCCCCGAGCAACGACUUGUGCUUCUGGUUUCUGCUCGGGGUCGUACCGAUGGCUGUAACGAAGUAAGUGCGGAUCAGCCACUGAAUGAUAAAGUACGUGUCGUCGAUGAAAUUACUCAUUUUCUCCAAAUUGUGGGAGUUCUUGUUAUGCAACAUUAUGGCUUAAAUUCUCACCUCGACCUUUCGGCUGCUGAUCCGCAGCCUCACACCGGGAGCGACGCAAUUACCCUGCGCGGUGCCGAGGCUGACCUUACCGCCCGCGCCGCGGCAUUUGCGUGGCGAAACGCGUGAGGCUUCUCCGUGCUGGGCACUGCAAACGUAUCACCGCCCCCGUUUCCUCCGCAUUUGUCAAAAAGCAUUGUCAUCUGAACAUCAUCUGAAAAAAACUGCUGCAUUUUCUGUCCCCGCGUCCUUCAUGGCCCUGUGUUGUGUCUUCCAUUUCACUGUCGACUCUCGUAGGCUUUCACGUAGCAGCUCUCUCAGAAGAGGAGUGUCGAUCGUGAGUACUGCGGGCAGAAACAUUUGUACGUACACCCAUGAGCAGAAUACGCGCUCUAUUCUGCCCACGCUAAAGAAACAAACCCCGCUCAAAUAGACAUGUUACGUUUAUAUACCAUAUAUUUAUGAAUCUAUAGAGCCGUGUAAUGUAACUUGUUCCUUCUAUUUAUUCUGAUACGAAAGCCUAGUGUGUACAGAUAGUAUCCCAGCAUCUUCCGUACCGUGUACUUGGAGUCACGACCGUGGGCACGUCCGAGAUGAAUUCGACUUUCAAGAAACCUUGGAUACUGCUUAAUCAUCCGUGAAGGAACAAAGAAUGUGCGCGAUGACUUCGGUUGAAUAGCUUUAUUCUGGAUCUCUCUUACCUAAAGCUGAAUCCAAAGACCUGAGAAGGACUAAACCAGCAAACUACGCUCAAACCCGCGAAAGGGAAUAGGGAUCUCCUCUUCCAAAGCAAGACGGUAACGACAUGGUAUUGCAAAGAGUGUGCUAGCUUCGGACAAAACCCAAUGUUUUUCUUGCUUGUCACGAUACCUGAGUAUUUUUAAGACACGGGGAAACUUUAUACUUGGCCUCCUUUAUAUUUAUUAAGGGGAAUUUUUAUUGUUUGGAUUUUUUUUAAAAAGGCAAAGCUUAAAAAUGGUUUUAUUUUUUUCCAGACACUUGUGGGUUUUAACCCAAUAUAUUAUCUAUCAAUAAUGUAAUUUAUUUAAUUUAGUCUUAGAGUGGGUCCCGAAAUCUCUGUUCAGUCUAAAUCCCAUUGAGUUUCAUUUCAGCUUUAAAAUUCAAUGGGAGUUUUGCCCGAACACAGAUCUGCGGGAUCGGGCUCCAAUGUUAAUUAUUUGUAACUAUUUAAUUCAAUCAUUUUUAAGUGAUUCGGGAUUAAUUUUGCUUAUUUAUCCAUCUUACUGUUGUAGCGCAUCAGAGAUGCGAAGCCUGUGUUAGUAAAUACACUUAAAAGUUAGUAUUGCGUCAUAGAGCAGCCAGGUUCUGUUACAGACAGGAGAAAAAUAACGAGUUACAUAAAACAGGAAUCUAGUUUUAAUUUCUUCUUUUAAUUAAUUUUAAUUGUUUAAAUAUCAAAGUUUAAAUUAUUUAAGUUAAUCUCUUCCCAUCCGAUUAGAAAGUGUGACAUACCUUUAUUAUGGCACGUAAAUCCUUCGUAAUAUAACUUAUUUAUUUAACGUAUUCAUCGUCAUCUGAGGAUGCCCUUGUAUAGUUUUUAUUUUUUAUUUAGAAUUUCCUUUAAAGCACUACAGCUGAUUUUCUGUAAGAACGACAGAGCGAAUUUUGAGGACAAGCAAUGAAUAUUCAACCUGAAACUCUGCAUUCAGAAACAACAGGGGGGGAAAAAAAAAAAAAAAAAAAGACACUGGGAUACUUUGCCUGAACUUUGUGGCUUCUUAAAACUUAAGCUGGGGGGAAAAUAAUAAUACAUGCCAAGCAAAAAGAGAGAAACCCUUAAACUAGCUGCUUCCAAGAAUGAACUUCUGUGUGUGUAAAAAAAAAAAAAAAAAAAAAAAAAAAAAAAAAAAAAAAAAGGAAAAAAAAAAAAAAGAAAAAACCUUUCUAUUUCUAGUGAGAACCAAAGAGGCUACCUCACUGACUUUUUCCAUUUGUAAUUUUAAUCGUGUUGAUGAUACCAAAGAUACCAAAGAUUUCUUUCUCUGUGCGGUCUGCAUUUUGCUUGUGCUCUUUUAUAGUUUCACUGUUCUCUCCCACCUCGAGCGAUGUCCAGCCGCAGCCCAGAUACCCAAAGAAAUGCUGUCGGGGAAGCUGCCGGUUCUGGGGGUGACUUUGCCUGGGUUUCCCUUAUGCCUUCCUGCCAGCCAAAAAACGUUUGGGGGCGCGAACCCGUUUCGCGUCCUCCCCCACGCCAGAUCCCGGUGGACGGAGCUGUUGUGUUGACCUGGAGAUGGCUCCCGCCUCGGUCCGUCAGCCGAGUCCUGGGGCAAGGGGGUCCGCGCGCUGCCGCCGCACCGGCCCGGCUUAAGCGUUUAUGGGGGCGCGUUGGCAGCAGCAGCAAGUAGCGUUGGAAAUUAUUAUUUUCAAGCGAGGCGGCGCUCGAACGCAAGCUAGCGGGCCGGCGCGGGGGUCCCCGUGCUGCAGAGCCCAGCGGGCCUGAGGGGAGGGGGAUGCUGCCUCGCGCCGGCCCCCCCGGCCACCGGGCAGCGAGCCCUUUGCCGGGACCAAGCCCGGUUCUGCCGCGGCCGCGCGCAUGCGCUGCGUCUCUGCCGAACCCGCCGGGCACAGCAGACGCGGAGGCUGCGCGCUCCUGCUGAUGAUUUGCUGUUGUUUGCAAUUACAGUUUUCCUAUGAAAAUCAAUUAAUUAUUUUUCUCGAGUUAGCAAUGAAACAAAGCUGCAUUAAGCUCCAUUAGUAUCAUGUUCCAAAGUGAUUACUUAAAAGUUGGUUGGUUGUCUUCAGGGAAUUGGCGGUGCCCUUUAGCGUUCGUUUCUUUUAGCCCGUUUUAUCCUCUCUGUGCGAGUGAACCAAGCGCUCGAAGAGCUGAACCCGCUCCCGGGCACUGCGUGCCCUUCCCACCAGCCUGUACCCCCGCAGCGUCCCACCGGCCCGCUCGGCCACGCGUUCGCCUUUUCUUUAGGAGCCCCCCAUCCUGCCGCUCGCAGGGCCUGUUCUGCGCUAAAGCCCCCGAGAAGGUGAGCGCUGCCCGGUAGGUAAAUUUAAAAGAGACGAAAACCUCCCCCAGAUCGCAGGGAUGCGCUUUUGGCUCGGCUUAAAAGUCCGUCUCUGGACCUGCCCCGCAUGGGCACGAACGCCCUGAUUUAACGAGUUAGGGUGGGUGACCCCCCCCCAGCACGGCGUCUCCUGCGACCCCGCGCCGGUGCAGAGCCCGCAGGAGCCGCGGCGGUCCCCGGGCAGGAUGGGGGCCGAGCCCUUCCCCGAGAGAUCUGCCCGAGCAGUGCCGCUGGGCUCGCGUGGGCACGUCGCCGACAGCUCAACACAAAAGCUCCGCUCCGGGUCCGUGUUGCCUUUUGGUUCCCGUUUCUGUUGGGGUCGAGUCUGUAUUGGGACCGACAGGGACUCGAUGAGCGUGCUUUUUAUAUAGAUAGAUAGAGUCCUUCAGUAAAAAGCUAUAAGAAUUCUCAGGAUGCCUUCUAGGCGUGGAGGAGACGACCUGUCCUGGUGGUAGGUGACGCCUGCCCGCCGUGCCCCGGCCAGCCCUGCGCAGCGCGGGCGGGCGGCAGGCUGGGCGCAGGAAACCCCCGGGCUGGCAGGCUCCCCGGCAGCAGUCGCCGCUCUCACCAGACCCAUGCUUCACUUGCAAAGUGUGACAUUACCACGGGACGAGUGCCUUGCUUGAACCAAAGCAACGACUUUGCCAGUCUAGACCUCUCUGUGCUUUUUUUUAUUCUUCCUGUGAAUACCUCAGCUUCAACUGGGCCGCCGAAUCGUACCUGGUGGGCUUUUUGUACUGUGGUGCUUUGCAAUGCAGCCCUGCAAAGAACAAAACUCCUAAUAAUACCAAAGGCUCCUCUCCUCUCCUCCUUUUCUCCUUCUCCUUCUCCUUCUCCUUCUCCUUCUCCUUCUCCUUCUCCUUCUCCUCCUCCUCCUUCUCCUCCUUCUCCUUCUCCUUCUCCUCCUUCUCCUUCUCCUCCUUCUCCUUCUCCUUCUUCUCCUUCUUCUCCUUCUUCUCCUUCUUCUCCUUCUUCUCUUCCUUCUUUUCCUUCUUCUCCUUCUCCUCCUUCUCCUUCUCUAUUUCUUCAUGGUUCCAAAGCUUUAAUAUAAAACUGGGCAUGUUGGCAACGCAGACCGUGCAAUCCCUUACCGAAUUUUCUCAGAUAUACCUCAUAGAGAAUAGUUGUUUAGAGUAAUGUUAUUAUAGCGUAUGUAAUAAAUUAUUCACUGUUUCUUUUUGGUAACUGUGAUUUAAAAAAAAAAAAAAAGCUUUAUACGUUUUAGGUUGUGCUUUUGUAAUAGACGGAAAAGGUGCGCUUAAAAAUGUACGUCAGUCUUUCUUCCCGUUGGGGUUUUUUGUUUAUUACGGAUUGGGGAAAAGUUGCAGAAUGAGCCCAAAGUUUACAGUUUCAUAUUUUGCUGAAGAAACAAUCUGUGUUAAUUUGCUCUGUUGAAAAAAAAAAAAAAAAAAAGAAAAAAAGAUUAUUUUCUACAUUUGUGCUACUUGGUCUGAACAGCUAAUUGUUCUGUGUGACGGUGUAGUAUUAUAAUUAGCAACUGCCAAUCAGCGCUACCAUUUGUAUGCAUGAGGCAAAACCUUAGCAGUGUGAUGCAUCGUGGUUCUUAAUGGCAACUUCUUUUUUUGAACUCGAAAAUAGGUCUUUUGGGUUGAUGGUAUUUAUUUAUGCAUGGAGCCUGUUAUCCGUUAGCGGUCGUGGCGCAGUCGUGUAUGCAUUUAAGCUGCGAAAACAUGCACAGUUUUGCCUGGUACGAUGAAGUGCUGAUAAGAACUGAUGUUUAGCUCGGUUCUCAUCUCUCCGCGUGUUAAACGCAGACUCAAACUGAAUUCCAGUUCAAUCAGAUUUUGGUUAGAGGAAAAGUUUGCCCGACCAGCAGCUUUUUCCCGGCCAACUCGAUUCGGCGGUCAGUCACUUGAAAAUCCAGGUCCUGCUCGAAAGGGAGCCAAGCUGUGCGUUUUUUCCCAGGAAGAGGAGUUACUUUGGCUUUAUGGCAGACCCGCAGCACGGGGCACCGGCCGCGCUCGGCAGCCUGGGCCGCGUCCCUCGCCCCGGCCGCGCCUCCUGCCCGGGCCCAUCACCCCGCGUGCUGCGACCCGGCGGGACGCGGACGAGUUGGGGGUCAGUGGCGCUCUCCCAGCCUGUCGCGACGGACAAGCCCGUCGCAGGGGCCAGACCCCCGGGUCACUCCCGCGGGCGCGGCGCAGGCGGUGCCCCCGGUCCCGCCGGGAGGGAGCACGCGCGCCGGCUCGGCAGCCCCGUCACUCGCCACCCUCUGCUCCGGGCUCAGAUUCCGUGGAGCGGCUGGAGCCCCUUUGCGCUGUCCCUCGCGUCCUCACCGGUUCCACACUCAAGACCCCCAGCCUUGCGGUACCGCCAGCGGACCGGCGAAUUGAGCUUCUACACCCGGGUCCAGGCGCGGACUCUUA